AUGUCCGACGUAUUCAGGCGCAUUGGGCGCGGCGGCGCGGGUAAUUUCAUCUCUGAGAAGGAAAUUCAAGAGGCAGCACGGGCGCAACAAGCUCAAGACCCAGAGUCGCAGAAGCAUGAGGCCGCGGCGGAGCCAGCAGCAGCACCACCAGCGUCGGCUGCUGCCUCGCACGCGCCCCAGUACGUGAGGGUCGGCAGGGGCGGCUCCGGCAACUACACCGAGCCGCCGACCAUCGCGGAGUCGCAGGACAGGCAGGACGUCGUGGAGAGGACCAAGGCCGCCGUCAGCGCGUCCCAGGCCGGCAAGCCCAGGGCCGGCUUCAGCUCCCGGGGCGGCGCAGGGAACUGGACUGACGAUGCUCCCCCCGCCGACGACUCUGAGGAGAGCACGAAGCGUCAGGAGAUCGCGGACAAGGUGAAGCAGGAGCUCAACUCCAGUCUGCCGCCCCCGCCGAAGACGUAUCACCAGCAUGACAGGGACAUGGAGUGA